AUGGACAGUUCUGCAAAUAAUAUUCAUGAAGUUUUUGAAUAUGCGUGGCUAACUAUUCAACAUUACUAUCCAGUAUUUGAGAAGAAUAAAAACCAUAUAUUGGGGAAUACCGUUGAAGUGCGUAUCAAAGAUCUCAACAAUUAUUUGAGGGACUUAGAAGCAGAGUGGCCUUAUAAUGGUUCAAAUAUUGAGACGUUAGGUAUAACUUAUUUAAAUGUUGUACAUAAAAAUAUUAGCACAAUAUUAAAAUUUUAUAUUGUUGAUAGUGAUAGUUGCAUUCCGAUUUUGGGUUUGAAUGCUUGUUCAAAAUUAAAAUUAAUAAAGCGCAUUGACCAUCUAAAUUUAGAAAAUAUAAAUGAUUUACUUGCGAAAUAUAAUGAUGUUUUUGAGGGUAGUGGAUGUUUUAUAAAAAAUUUCUCAAUUGAUUUAAAAAGUGGUGCUAUACCUGUGGCUAGACCAGCUAGACGUAUACCACAAAUGCUAAGAAAACCCUUAAAAGAUGAGUUAGAGCGGUUAUGUAAUAAAAAAGCGAUAGAGAAGGUUGAAACUUCAUCUGAUUGGGUUUCAAAUCUCGUUAUAAUUGAAAAACCUAAUGGUAAAAUUAGAUUAUGUUUGGAUCCUCAGGAUCUUAAUAAAAAUAUUAAGGAAAGGUAUUAUGAAAUUCCUUCAUUUGAAGAUAUUAAAUUGAAAUUUUGUAAUAAAAAAUUAUUUUCGGUAUUUGAUUGCAGGGAAGGGUUCUACCAAAUUGAAUUAAAUGAAUAUUCUAAGUCAUUAUGUACUUUUAGUACGCCAUUUGGGCUUUAUAGGUUUACUAAACUGCCUUUUGGAUUAAAAAUUGCACCUGAGGCAUUCCAAAAAUUGAAUGAACAGAAUUUUGGCGACAUUCCAAAUGUAAUCGUUUAUAUUGAUGACCUUUGUAUAGCUGCAAGUAAUGAAAGGGAACAUGAUGAAACUGUUAAAUUAGUAAUGGACAGAGCUAGAGGACUUAAUGUUAAAUUUAACAAAGAUAAGUUACAGAUGCAAGCAAUUGAAAAUUUAGAAAAUCCAAAAAAUAAAAAGGACUUACAGAAAUUAAUGGGCUUUAUUAAUUAUAUGGGUAGUUUUAUACCUAACUUGGCUGAAGUAUCAGCACCCCUUAGAGCUCUUUUAAAGAAUGAUUCGCCCACUCUGAAACAUUUUGAUUUUACUGAACCUAUUUCUAUUCAGACUGAUGCAUCGAGGAGUGGAUUGGGUGCAUGUCUAAUGCAAAAAGGAAGACCAGUUUGUUUUGCAUCCAGAAGCAUGACUGAAACUGAAAUUAAUUAUCCCCAAAUUGAUAAGGAAUUUCUGGCGGUAGUUUAUGCAUGUAAAAAGUUUCACAAUUAUAUUUAUGGUAGAAAAAUUGAGAUCAUUACGGACCAUAAACCCUUAUUAGGAAUUAUGGCGAAAAAAUAUUAUAGCAUACCUUCCCCUAGAUUGCAAAGGCUUAAACUUAAAUUAGAAAAAUACAAUUUAAAUUUUAGAUACUGCCCAGGCAAAUAUAUGUUUAUAGCCGAUUUUUUAUCAAGAAAUUUUAAAACGGAAAAGCAAGAAUGUGAAGAAAUGAAUGGUCUGUCUGAUAUGAUACACACAAUAAAUGUAAGUGAUGAAAAGAAAAAAAUUUUUCAGGAUGAGACUUUAAAUGAUGAAAUUUUAAAGGAUUUAUUUAAAACAAUUAAUGAUGGUUGGCCUGUAAGAAAAGAAUUAUUAUGUGAAAAACUGAAACCUUUUUGGAAAAAUAGAAAUGAUCUUUUUGUAGUUGAUGGAUUAAUAUUUUUGAACGACCGUAUUUUUGUACCCAAAUCUUUAAGAGAUGACGUAUUAUAUCAAUUACAUUUACCACAUCUGGGUGUUGAAAAAACUAAAAGUAGAGCUAGAUCUAUUGUAUAUUGGCCAACCAUGAAUUUAGAAAUUGAAGAGUUAAUUCAUAAGUGCAACAUUUGUGAAAAAUACAAAUAUUCGGAACCCAGGGAGCCUUUAAUCAAUCAUGAUAUACCUGAAAUGCCAUUUAGUAAAAUAGGAUUAGAUAUUAUGGAAUUAAAUGCUAAGUCGUUUUUAAUUAUAGGAGACUACUACUCAAAAUAUUUGGAUAUUAUACCAUUGUAUAAUAAAACAGCUAGAACUAUUAUUGAGAAAUUGAAGGUAGUGUUUUCAUAUCACGGUAUUCCCAAUAUUGUAAUAGCAGAUAAUAUGCCUUUCAAUUCAUACUUGUUUAAGGAGUUUGCAAAGAAAUAUGAUUUUAAAAUUAUCACGAGUAGUCCAUUGUACCCAAAAUCGAAUGGAUUUGCUGAAAAAAUGGUAGGUAUUUCUAAAAGACUUUUAAAAAAAACGAAGGAAUCAAACAAUGAUUUAUGGCUUUCAUUACUCGAAUAUCGGAAUACACCUAUUAAGGGCUCUUGUUUGUCGCCAGUUGAAAUUUUAAUGGGUAGAAAAACCAGAACUUUGCUACCUGUGAGUUUUUUAUUAGGUCAGCUAUUCGAUGAUUCUGAUUUAUGGUUGAUUGGUUCCGGCGAAAGCCAAAUUGAUGAUUCGGCACUAACUUUUUACUUUCAAUUAUUGGCUGAAGCCUUCUCAAUAAAAAUUUGUAUAGCAGUUUCAAAAUCAUCGGCAACAGUGAGAUUGCUCUGUCUUCAAACUGAAAAUGAUGAUUUACUGAAAUUAAUGACUUACAGAACUGUAUCAAUGAGAGACCCAAUAUGCUAUUCUCCAGACCAUUAA